AACCAGCUGCCUGGAGCCAGGGUGACUGAACCUUGCCCCAGAGACCUGUCACAGCGGGACGGACGCGCUGUCCUUGGCCACACCAUGGCGGGCCCACUGUGCCUCGUCCUGCUCGGCGCCUCCCUGGCCGGCCUCCUGCUGCCGGGGGGCAGUGUGUUCCUCAGCCCAGAGCGCGCCAGCAGCGUCCUGGGGCGCGUCCGCAGGGCAAACUCAUUUUUGGAAGAGAUGAAGAAAGGCAACCUGGAAAGAGAGUGUAUGGAGGAGACGUGCUCGUUUGAGGAGGCCCGUGAAGUCUUUGAGGACACCGCCAAGACGACUGAAUUCUGGAAUAAAUACAAAGAUGGCGACCAGUGCGAGAGCAGUCCUUGCCAGAACGAGGGACAGUGCAGAGACGGCCUUGGGGAGUACACGUGCACCUGCCUGGAAGGAUACGAAGGCAAAAACUGCGAGUUGUCCACGCGGAAACUCUGCAGCGUGGAUAACGGGGACUGUGAGCAGUUCUGCAGGGAGGAGCAGAGCUCCGUGGUGUGCUCCUGUGCCAGCGGGUACGUCCUCGGGGACAACGGCAAGUCCUGCAUCUCCACAGAGCCUUUCCCCUGCGGGAAAACCACGAUGGGGCGCAGGAAGAGGUCAGCGGAGAGCACCCACAGCGGCGAGGGUCCCUCGGAAGCCGAAGCCGACAUGCUGGAGCAGUACGACCCUGGAGACCUGCCCCCCACCGAGAGCCCUCUGCUCCUGCUGCCCUUCAACGAGACAGAGCCCAGCCCUGAGGAGGAUGCCAGCAGCCUGGUCCGGAUCGUGGGCGGGCAGGACUGCAAAGACGGCGAGUGCCCCUGGCAGGCUCUGCUGGUCAACGAGGAAAACGAGGGGUUUUGCGGAGGCACCAUCUUGAGUGAGUUCCACAUCCUCACGGCGGCUCAUUGUGUCCAGCAAGCCAAGAAAUUCACGGUGAGGGUAGGUGAACGGGACAUGGACAAGGAGGAGGGCAAUGAGGUCGCCCACGAGGUGGAGCUGGCCGUCAGGCACAACAGGUUUGUCAGGGAGACCUACGACUUUGACAUCGCCGUCGUCAAGCUGAAGACGCCCAUCACCUUCCGCAUGAACGUGGCCCCCGCCUGCCUGCCCCAGAAGGACUGGGCCGAGUCCACGCUCAUGACGCAGAAGACGGGCAUCGUCAGUGGCUUCGGGAAGACCCACGAGAAGGGCCGGCCGUCCAGAACCCUCAAGAUGAUGGAGGUGCCGUACGUGGACAGGAACACCUGCAAGCUGUCCAGCAGUUUCAGCAUCACCCAGAACAUGUUCUGCGCCGGCUACGACUCCAAGCCCGAGGACGCCUGCCAGGGGGACAGCGGGGGCCCCCACGUCACCCGGUUCAAGGACACCUACUUCGUUACCGGCAUCGUCAGCUGGGGAGAAGGCUGUGCGCGGAAAGGGAAGUAUGGGGUGUACACCAAGGUCACCAACUUUCUCAAGUGGAUCGACAAAUCCAUGAGAGGCCGGUCCACGGCCCCGGCGUCGGCAGGGGACCUUGCGCCUCACCCCCAUUAAAGUCAUUCCCCCUCAAGA